UCUUUCAUUUGACCCUUUGUUGGAGGCUGAGUACAUCACUCUGAGCCCUUUGGGUGAGGCAAGAUUCAGACCGAGUGGGGUGACAGCAUGGGAACACCCUCUUGUUUGGCUUCCUCUGAGCCAACCACACCUCCACUGGCCACUGUCUGUGGUCUGGUCAGCUUCAUCCAAGAGGAGCAGAAGAUCCUUGAGGACCGGCCAGGGUCUACUCAGGCUGAAGAAAUGUCAACAAUUGGGAGUUUCGAAGGAUUCCAGCCUGUGUCUCUGAAGCAAGAGGGAGAUGACCAACCCUCUGAGGCUGAUCAGCUGUCCACGGAGGAGGGUGACCCAGGCACGGUCUCAGGGCCAAGGAGGAUUUCAAGGCUGUCAAGCGUGACUGAAUCAACGCUCUACCCAAAUCCCUAUCACCAGCCUUAUACCUCACGGAAGUACUUCGUUACACGGCCAGGGGCCAUUGAGACUGCCAUGGAAGACUUGACAGGCCACAUUGCUAAGACUUCUGGAGAGACGAUUCAAGGCUUCUGGCUCUUGACAGAGAUAGACCACUGGAACAAUGAGAAGGAGAAGAUUUUGCUGGUCACAGACAAGACUCUUUUGAUCUGCAAAUAUGACUUUAUCAUGCUCAGCUGUGUGCAGUUGCAACGGAUUCCCCUGAGUGCUGUCUAUCGCAUCUGCCUGGGCAACUUUUCCUUCCCUGCGAUGUCACUGGACAAGAGACAAGGGGAAGGCCUUAGGAUCUACUGGGGGAGGCCAGAGCAGCAGUCGCUAUUAUCCCGCUGGAAUCCGUGGUCCACUGAGGUGCCUUACGCUACCUUCACGGAGCACCCUAUGAAAUACACCAGUGAGAAGUUUCUUGAAAUCUGCAAGUUGUCGGGGUUCACAUCCAAGCUUGUUCCAGCUAUCCAGAAUGCCCACAAGAGUUCCACUGGAUCUGGAAGAGGAAAGGGAUUGAUGGUGUUAACUGAACCCAUUUUGCUUGAGACCUACACGGGGCUGAUGUCAUUCAUUGGAAACCGCAACAAACUUGGCUAUUCCCUUGCCCGGGGGAGUAUUGGUUUUUGACCCUCUUUUUGGUAGAUAAGUACCUCAUCGGUAGCUACAUCAUUAUUGAAGAUUCUGUUUCAGCCCACCAUAUUUUUGGACUGAAACCGUUACUUUUAAAUAGUAUUACAUGAUUUUGAAUAUUUAGUAUCUUAGGGGAUCUAAAAGCUUGCUUAGACUGAUACAUGCAUACUUCAGACCUUAUAUGAGAAUAAUCAAAUUUCUUAAAACCAGAAAAUAAAUCCUCCUAAGCCCGUGAAAUAAUGUUAUCGAAUGAAUACUUCACCAUAAACGCAGGGAAGACCCUCUACGUUCUUGUUUCUCUGUCCUCUAAAUGUAGGCACGUGCUGGGUCUUUAUUUUCAGUGCUCUGAUCCCAAGCUUUCUCAUCAGGGUCUCAAUAUGUAUUAUUUUAGUUACCUUUUUUUUUUUAAAUGAGGAUGACUUCCACAUCCAUAUUCCCAUCCCUGGUAUUUCUUUAAGAUUCAGUUUUACAUUUCUGUCUGCUGAUCAUCUACAUCAGCGUCCCCAUGGCCACUUAUAUUCAGCAUCUUCAAGAUUCUGGAUUUCUCUAUGGGAUUUUAAUAGUUCCAGUCAUCAUCCCUGAAAUCCAUCCGUUUGGAUGUCUUUAAACUUCUUGCCAAAUACAUUCUGUAUAGUAUCUGUCUUAGUCUGUCUGGGCUGCUAUAACAGAAAUACUAGAGACUAGUGGCUUAUAAACAACAUAAAUUUAUUUCUUACAGAUCUGGAGGCUGGAAUUCUGAGAUUAGGGUACCAGCCUGGUCAGGUGAGGGCCCUCUCCUGGGGCUCAGAUGUCUUGUUGUAUCCUUACAGGUAAAGGGGAAAGAGUGUUCUCUUGUGCUUCUUUGAUAAGGGCAUUAAUCUCAUUCAUGAGGGCUCUGCCCUUAUAAACUAAGGCUUCCUGUUUAAUGCCAUCGCAUUGGGCUUUAGGAUCUCAACAUAUAAAUUUCGAGGGGGACACAAACAUUCAGACCAUAGAAGUACCACGUCUGUAUGUGACAUAGAUUGUGCCCAAUGCCCAGAUGUUAAACUUAAAGUUCAUUCUUCUUUCAAAAUUGUUCAUAUACUCUUUCUCCUUUCCAUCCUCACAGGUAUGUUAUUAGAUCACAUUUUAAAUUCUGUGUACCUAGAUAAUUGCUCUAGGCUUUUAAUUGGUAUCCCCGCUCCAAGGCUGACCCUCUUCUAAUCCAUUUUACACUUGGUUGCCAUAUUCCUAAAGCACAAAUUGAUCAUGUAAUUCCCUGCUCAAGAACUUGCAAAGGCUCAUUCCUUUUGCAGCUUUUUUGUUUGUUUGUUUAAGUUUUGUGUUUUCAAUAGCAGACCUUUCCUUCUAAUGCAAUCUGUUUCAGAUGCUCCAUAUGUAAAACAGAUAGAAGUAGGCCCACUAUGAUUGAAAUUGAGAUGGGAAUGCCACUGACCUCCUCUUUUUUGGGUCUCAGAAGUGCCCCCGUCUGGAAUGUCUAUGGAUCCCAGAGAGGUUUAAGAAGAAUGUUUCCAAAAACACUGUGCUAACUCAUUCUGUUUCCAUUUUCUUUUCUCUCAUAUUUCCUCUUUGUCUCUUCUUGACUUACGUCUAACUGUGAACAACUCAGGAGAUUAUCUCAUCUGUUUUCAUCUCUAAAAGCUUUUUUUUUUUUUUUUCAAUUUUAUUGUAUUUUUAAUUUAUUUUGGAAAGAAGCUUUUAAUGUCGAACACUAUAAACAUUAUUCCAAUCAGCCUUUUGCCUGUCCUAAGACCCAAAGUUGAAACACCUUAGCUGGUAUUCAAAUAAAAAAUUCUAGAGGUUUUUUUUUUUGAGAGGGUGCUUAUAUGAAGUCUAUUUUAAAGUCUUUUCUUCAAAAUGCUUACUUCCUCAAUUUUCAAGAUUUGUCCUCUGAUAUUUCACAAACCUCAAUUUGAUAGAGGCAUUCAAAAUCCAAACCUUGAAUAACCCUCAUUUUAUUUUGUCUUUAUCUUUGUUUAGUUCCAUUAGUAUUUUUCUCCCCCUCUUUCCACUUCCCAGCACCCACUUCUUUCCCCUCAUGAUGGCAAAUAUUGUUACUGUCCCCAAGGCAGGGAACUUCUAUUCAGACUGUAAAAGGAAAUGUUGAAAUCCUUAGCUGUCCUGUCAACAGUAGUGGAAUGAAAAGUCGUUGGAUUGUUUUGGCAGUGGUUCUGAAGGAGGCACAAUUGGCAAAUUAUUAUAACACCUCUGCCCGAAAAUCCCCAUUUGCCUCAAGAUAGUGGCAUUUGUUGGCAGAAGCCUCUGAAAUGUCCAGCACAUUCUCCUGAGUUUCCAUUUAAGGAUCAGUCUGACAAUUGACUUAUUUCUCCAUAUUUAUUCCCCCUGGAACCUAGGCUAGACUGUUCCCAAAUGACCUUUGAAAGGACACAAUACAGCAUCAUCAAUGGAGCAAAUCAGAGAAGAUGAGAGGAAGGAAAUAUUUCUUAGCCCUGAGGUCAGUCUGUAACAAUAGGGUACCAAAGCUAUUUAGUGUGGAGAAGAGUGAUCUCAGAGAUGACAUGAGAACUGUCUUCACAUUUCACACAGAUGGUCCUGUGGGAUAUUCCAGAAACUGAUAAAGGGGAUCUAGAAAGCAGGAUUGUGACCAGAGGAUGAGAGGAUUCAGGGAUUUGGAUGGCAGGUUAAGAUAAGAAAGAACUCCUUACAGUUAAAAAUAUCCAAAGAUGGGAAGCAUUGCUCCUUGAAAGAGUGAGUCCCCCAUCACUUGAUGUGUACUAGUAGGGACUAGAUAAAGUGGAUAUUGUGAAAAGGAUUGCUAAAGAGAUGAUUGAUAAAAUCCUUUAAAGCCAGAGACCUUAUGAUUCUCCAAAUAAGUGUUGCUAAUGAUUACGUAAUACAGCCUUUUUUCUUUGCAAAGUGUUGAAUCAGUCAUAUGAGACCCUGGAAAAUUACCUUAACUUUCCUAAGGUUUGAUUUCCUCAUUCGUAAAAUGGAGACGAUGCUAUUUCUUUUGCCUACUUCAUAAAGAUCUUGUGAGGAUUCAAUGAAAUGAGGUCAAAUUAUUUUAUUAAAUAAAAAUCAUUGAGGAUCUGCUUGUAGAGCGAUGUCACUUUGGCAGCAGAAAAUAGGACAACAUCCAAGGGAACUAAAUCCAGUUCUUCUGGGAAUUGUUUUUUGGUCACUCUGGACCCUACUGACCAUCUCUUUCUCAUUUGACACAUGGUAUUCUAACUUGGGUUCCUUGUCCCUAAGUGGCCACAACCCACAAACCUAUAGGCAUACCUGGGCUUUUUCUUCAGGCUAUCAUCUGAACUAUACCAAUACGUUUUCCCUAAGGGGCAUCAUAGGUCUGAUUGGGAAUAAGAUUAGAUACAGGCAUUAACUACAAAGUGUAUGGUCACAAAGAGGCCAUCUUUUCUAUCUGGUCUUUAUCCAUUCAAGAAAUUCCACUAGAAAAUCUCCAAUAAAUCUCCUUUCAGAAACUAUUUGAACAAUCCUACUGACAGAUUGCUCACAGUCUUCUGCUACAUCUUGGGCAGUUCUGAUGGUUCGAAAGUUCUUCUGUUGAUUUAGAUUCUGGAACACCCAUCUGCCAUCUCUUUUAUUUAAAAAUAAAUUUCCCAUGCUGGAGUAGGUUCAGCUUGUGUUUCCACACCUGGCUGUGGGGCAUUGGGGUUUCAGAAGCAAGGCUGAUGGAUUCUCUAACACUUACAAGAAGGGGAACUGCCAAGAAUCACCAUGCCUGGCCUCCUAGUGGGCAGUGGGGCCUUUCUGGAGCUGACCUUUGGCCAUCCUCUAAGGCAGAAAAGAGAAGCCAAUUUAUGAGGAUCUUUUGCCUUGAGCCCCCAUUUUUCAUUGUGCUUUUGCUGAAGCAUUACUAAGGAAGCCCAUUCACAGAGGUCUGGAGCUAAGGAACUAUAGAAAGCAUCUAAUCCAAUGCUUUCAUUUCACAGAACAUGAAGCAAAGGCCUAGAAACUGGAAAGAAAUUGCUCAAAAAGCAGAUGGCGAAAUUUUGGGAAUUAAACUCUAAAGCUUCCAAUCUCCUAUUUCCAGCCCCACUGCUCUUUCCAUAUAUCUCCAUUCCCAGGAAAAGACAUGCCAUCUAAAUCAGUGUGUCAUAGUUUCCGGGUUAAUUCUGAUGUGAGAAAACAAUAGGUCACCGUUGUUUAGGGGGAAUUUCCAGAAAUUACCUGUAUUUUGUUAAAGGCUAAGGUCACUCGUGGAGCUCUCUGAUGUCCUAUCUGAUUAAAAAGCCCAAACAAAGCUGCGGAAGCCAGCAGAUAUUUUGUAAGGCAGCUUCACCUCUGCCUGGCAUUUUGUGGAGCAAGAGAAGGGAGGGCAAAAGUAUUAAAUUCAGGCUUAAAAGCUCCUCAGAAAUUCUUUACACACAAGAGACCAAGUUGGAGAAAAGAAGAUGACUCGUGCCAAGGGGAAGAAAGAGAGAAACUAAUGCCUGUGGUUUUCAAAGGUUGACAACAACAACAAAAGCCCAAGUAUUUGCACAGGGAUGAAUGCUCAUUGGCUCUUGGCCAACAAUUAUACAAGGGCUUGUGCCCACAUCCUGUAGCUGUGGUUUAGGGACGCUGCUCAUGAGUGACUUCUUAUGCUUAGUGGCAGGAAACUUUAGUCACUGAUGUGUAAACUCACCUUUGGUCUGCACCUCCCACAACGUGCUCUGAAGCCAGUUAGAGGAGCAGGCCUCCUGAUUUUCUUACAGAUACCAGUUCCUCAGCUGAGGAAGAACUCAGUUUAAGGCCUUGGAAUUGACUGAGACUUGGUCAAUACCUACCUCACUCCACUCAAUUGUAGCAACCCGCUAUGAGAAUUCUAUAGCCACGGGAAAGAAUUAUGAUAUCCUCUGCGAAAUCCUCCCUUUAGCCUCAAAACCCAAAACAAAAAAAUGUGAGCUCUGUUUCAUUUCAGGGCUGCAAUGUGAAAUACCUGAAACAAAGUCAGGAGGUUGCUUCUGAGCCCAGAUCUUGUAUCUGAUGAGCUACCGCACACUCAGGUUUUAAAAGUUCUUAGUAAGCAUCUCACUAGUCUUCUUUUCGGUGAAGCUAAAUGGAAUUUACAAGAAAUUGCUCAAAAAGCAGAUGGUAAGUUUGGGGCAAUAAUGGGAUUAAACACUAAAGUUUCCAUUUUUCUAUUCCUAGCCAAUGCUUCUUCCAUAUAUCCCCAUCCCCAGGGAAAGGCAUGUCAUCUAUUGAUAAAUCAGUGUAUCACAGUUGUCCUCUAAAUAGAUGUAUCAUAAUUUGAGGUGAGAAAACAAAAGGUCCAGUUUAAUAAACUCUCAUGUUUUAGGUAGAUAUGAGAGACCAUGAUGCUACAUUAUGGAUAGAGGAUAUGUUGAGAUCAGUUUCUCUGAAUUACCACCUUGUCUCUCACAUCCUGUCCAACAAUGCCUAGCCCAUGUGUCUCAGGAACCUCUUUUCCUUCCUUUCAUAUUCCCUGCUCACUCUUUAUGGAAUCACUGAAACUGAGAUUGGAAGGGACCCUAAAUGUCACCUGGUUUAACUUCCUACCUGUUGCAGGAAUGCCCUCAACCAAAACCCACAGCAGACGCAGACUCAGCUUAUGCAGAAAACAUUGCCAGCGCAGAGAAUCCCUUGCUUUCUAUAGCAGCUAAUUCUACUGCUAAGCAACUGCAGUGAGUUGGAGGUUUUUCUAAGUAUUAUAUCCAAAUCUUCCUCCCUGGAAAUUUGCCUAUUUGGUCCUUGAUCUUCCUCUGAAGUUAUCCCAAGUGAAUAAAUUUCCUAUUCCAUAUGGCCACACUUCAAAUAAAGGCAGCUAAUUAGUGCUCUCCCAACAAAGUAGUUUUAUUUUUGUUUUUUGACAGAAACCCCCAGUUACCACAUGUGAUGGAUUAUCCGUAGCCCUUAUUGAACUCCUCUCUUGUUUGUGGGCUAUUCUGUUUGGUUAACACUUCUUUUAAAAUAUUGUGUUCAACACUGGCAUGGCCGUUCAAAUAUAGGCUGACCAGUGCAGGUUAGAAUGUUGUUGUUCUUCAUUUGCCAGUGUACUGUUAGUAGUGAAAUCUAGGUUUUCUUUUUCUUUCUUUUUUUUUAACCUACGAUAAACUGCAUAUAUUUAGAGUGUACAAUUUGGUAUCCCAAUCUCCCAAUUCAUUCCCUCCCAACCCUCCCUGCUUUCCCCACUUGGUGUCCGUAUGUUUGUUCUCUACAUCUGUGUCUCUAUUUCUGCCUUGCAAACCGAUUGAUUUGUACCAUUUUUCUAUAUUCUGCAUAUAUGUGUUAAUAUACGAUAUUUGUUUCUCUUUUUCUGACUCACUUCACUCUGUAUGACAGUCUCUAGGUCCAUCCAUGUCUCUACAAACGUCCCAGUUUCAUUGCUUUUCACAGCUGAGUAAUAUUCCCUUGUAUAUAUGUGCCACAUCUUUUUUAUCCAUUCCUCUGUUGAUGGACAUUUAAGUUGCUUCCAUGUCCUGACUAUUGUAAAUAGUGCUGUCAUGAACAUUGGAGUGCAUGUGUCUUUUUGAAUUAUGGUAUUCUCUGGUUAUAUGUCCAGCAGUGGGAUUGCUGGGUCAUAUGGUAACUCUAUUUUUAGUUUUGCAAGGAACCUCCAUACUGUUCUCCAUAGUGGCUGUAUCCAUUUACAUUCCCACCAACAGUGCAGGAGAGUUCCCUUUUCUCCAUACCCUCUCCGACAUUUACUGUUUGUAGAUUUUCUGAUGAUGCCCAUUCUGACCGGUGUGAGGUGAUACCUCAUAGUUUUGAUUUGCAUUUCUCUAAUAAUCAGGUUUUCUUUAUUAUACUAUUUAUUUACAUGAAUCUGAUGGUCAACUUCAUGCUAUAUAUAAUACAUAACAUUUUUUUCUGAUUUAGUAAUCUCAUUUAAGGAACCAAAGAGACCAGUUUAGCAGGGAUUAAUCAUAAUGAACCUGGAUUAGCUCCUAGUAAUCACUGCUUUUCUCUUUUGACUGUUAAAUUUAUUUGUUAGAUAUUUUUUCUAGAGUAUCUAUUUAAUAUUUUAUCCUGAGUCAGUGUCAAGCUUAUUUCUCUAUAGUAUCCAGCAACCAACAUUAUUUUUAAGUGGGAUUUUUUCUGUCUUCAGUCUAGAGGACAAAGUGGGAAUGGUUACCAUGAUGGGCAGUUGAGCCAAAGCAGUAAUCAGAAUAGUUUAAUCCAUGAGAUCUUUGGCGUUGGUUAGCUGAUCAUUUUGUCCUUAGAGCAAAAAUAGAUGGGCAGUCCACUUAAGUUUUAUUCGGUCUGUAUAAGCAAGAGUGAAUGGAAGUCUGACUUGAAUCAGCAUCUACCACCCAUUGGUACUGAAAGUGGGGGCCGGCUGUUUGCUGCACUAAAGCCAAUAAAGAGGCAAGGUUGGUGGAAAGGAAAGUUUGCUUUAUUUCGGAGGCUAGCAAUGGGAUGGGGAGGAGGGAGGACGUGUGUCCAAAGGCCGACUUUGCCCUGCUGACAACCAGUGGGCAAGACCUUUAAAGGGGAGAUUCAGGACCGAGGGAGGGGGCUACAUGCAGAAACAGCACAGUCAGCUCUGACAGUCAUUUCAACAUUGGUCAUCGGUGGUCUGAUCAGCAUCAUCUUAAUUGUUUGAAGUACAGUUAAUCUUCAGUUCCAGGGUCAGUUUAUUCCCAUUUCUUUGAGGCCAGUUCUUGGAACUGUGGCAGCGUAUGUCAUGGCUACAAUCUUGUCAUCACGUAGUUAACUUCCUCCACCUGAUGGGUGUUUCAGCAUCUACAAAGCAACUCAAAGGCUAUGGCUCCGAAUAUUAUCUAUAGCUCUUGAGGAGGAACUAAAGGUCCUUGACUUUACUUAAUAACUAAACUAUUAUUAUUAUGUCCUGUUGAACUGUUUUCUUUUGCUUCUGCAUUUUCUCACUUCUCUGAUGAAACAUUCUUUGGCUAACGUUUUUCUGCAGACAAAAGGCAGGCAGAGGGCAUGGAGGAGAAGGCCCCUGGGCCCUGCUUCAUUUCACCACGAUACUAUUAUCCUCAUUGAAUGCAGACUGCCCAAUUCAAUGGCAAUAGCUCCCACUGUCAUUUUUGGCCUAUGGAGAAUAGCCACGAUGAAGCUGUCUUAGAAUGUUGGGUUUCCCCUCACAAAUGUAUUUCCUUUGGCCUUCGUGAAGGACCAGUCUCUGGAUAUUCUGAGGGGAUAUAGGUGAGGGUAGCUGAGAAGCUCUUGCAUAAUAAAUCCACUUGAGCAUCACAGUCUCCCUAAGCCUCUGCGGGCCUUUCUCUAGCAUUUCAACUCUAUUCAGUAUAUACUUCCUUUGGUUCCCUCUUUUAGUCAAUUAACCCCAAGCAAAUGAUUGUAGCCAUUUUUCCCCUCACCAAGACUUUUUAUUGUCUCUAAAAAGCAGUUUUGUCCACAGAAAACCCCAGUGCCCCACAUUUGUGACAAAAUCAUUCCUUAAGUCUGUUGCCAGGAGAAAGCAGUGAGUUCCUCCCACCAGCAGCAUUUUAUGAAAUGUAGACAGUUUAUCAAAUAUAAUUUAUUCAGAAAAAAUACAAUGUUUUAAGAGCUUAAUUCCAAAAGACUGAAGGAGCCCAAAGGCUGAGCAGGAAACAGCCUGUGCUAGCAGCACCAGGUCAGGUCAGGCCCUGAGGGAAGCUCCACCGGUCCUACCAGAGAGGGCAGUGGGCACAAGAGCUCCCUCCCCUCUCACGAUGAGUUGAUGGCGGUGGCCCUGUCUCUUCUCAGGCUGCCAUCCCACCCACUGGGGGUUCCUGGCCUCAGCCAGGGCAGCCCCAAGAAGCCACAACUGUUAACGAACAAUGUGCUACCUCCUCCCAAGCAACACCUCCCCCCCCACGAUACACACACACACACACACACACACACACGCACGCACAUGAUGCUGGAAGCUGUUAUCACGAUGGUUUUCAGCGCAGCACACCGUGGCUUUGCUGCCUGGAAGUCCUGUGCUACUGGGUGUGCGGUCACUUGGCCACCAGCUCCUCCUUCUUCUCCUGCUUUAGACAUCACUCUAGGAGUCCUGUGCCGCCUCUCCUGGGGUGGGAUGGUGGGGGGAAUGGGCUGUUCUGCAGGAACUGGCUGGACCACUAGGGCAUAUCUGACUCUGCCUUUUGAGGUGUUCUGUGGGUCUUCCUUUUUGGGUCACUCUGUGGCCAGCCACUGCAACACCUUCUGGCUGCUACUACUUGCCUUGAGCUCCUUUUUGACCAGUAAGUCAACAGUAAGCAGGCAUUCAGGAGUGCUAUUUCGGGAGUUGUUCACCAGAGGAGAGACUGGGUGGAAGGUAAUGUUCUCUGUGGGGUGGAUUAACUUCAGAGCUUCUUGAGCUGAGACCUCACCAAAAUCCAGCCACUUAGAGACUGCCUCCUCUCCAUCUACAAGGGUGAGUCAAAAAUUAUCUACACUCUGGCUGUAGAAUUUAUUUUAAUUAAAUUUUAGAAAAGAAAAAUACAUCAUUUUUUGACAUAAUCUCUUUGCUUUUCAAUACACUUUGUCCAUCUGUCAACAAACUUUCGUAUUCCGUCAUUAAAAAUAUUUUAGGCUGAGCUGCGAGCCAUGAAUGCACCGCUGUCUUCACUUCUUCAUCAGAAGUGAAUCUUCAUCCUUGCAGGGCUGCUUUCAAGGGACCAAACAGGUGAAAGUCUGAUGGAGCAAGAUCAGAAGAAUAGGGAGGAUGCUUCAACAUCUCAAAAUGAUGUUUUUGCAGAGUGUCAACAGUGUGUGCAGAAGUGUGCGGACAUGUACACCCUCAAACCACAAAAAAACGAAUACUGCAGGCUGCUCUUCUUUCGUGCAAAUCACAAGUGGGGCAUGUGUUUUUGCUCACACGGUAGUUACAAAGGAACUGAUGUAACAUGUUCACACCUGCACAGCAGUGACUGUGGAGACAGUAGCCUUGAACGGAAAGCACUGAUAAGGCAGUGCAGCCAAGAGAAGUUUUAAUAUAACCGGAGUGUGGAUAAUUUUUGACUCACCCUGGUACUACGGCAGGCAUCCUGUGGUGGAUGUCCUUCAGGCCUUUGCAGGAAUCCACAGUGAUGAUGGUGUAAGAAUACAGGCAGUCUCCUCCCCUCUGGGGGCUCCCAGCAGUCAAAGAUCCCCAUCAUUGUCAGCGGCCUCCAGUUGUCCCAGAGUUUCUCCCCGUCCUCGGACCCAUAUGCCACACCCACUUUUUCUGACCUUUCUGUUUUGAUUUGGGAGAAGUAGAUGAAGUGGGGCUGCCUCUGGCUUCUUCCCUGACAUCGCUGCCACUCAUAGAAUCCAUCUGCUAAAACAUUACAGCAUCUUCCCUUUCCCAGAGGCACCUUGAAGGACCGUUUCUCCAUUAUGGUGUCGCUACAGCAGCUGGGAGUGUUGAACUGCAGCUUGGAAGCAUCAGCUUCUUUAAACCAAGACAGGACCAAGCCCCAUCGCAUUGCACUCACGGAGCAAUGAUGCUCUCAGAUGAGUCUGCGCCCUUCUCCAAGUGCAACCAGGACAGGAGCACCAGGCUGCUGGACUGCAGGCUCCUGCUGUAAGAGGGGUAGUACCAGUUCAGGUCCCUCCACUCCAAGAGCUGCCAGUGGCCCUACCAGUCCCUGUAGGCGCAGGCUCUGGCGAGGGCCUCCCUAGGCAGGUGGCAGGACUUCAGCCUGCACAUCCUCCAUGCGCCCUCAUACUGCAGAUCCCUUCACCUCAGGCCCUGCAUCAGGGUCGCUCUCUGCACGCCCAUGCUACCCUUGCAAGGCCCCCCUAUUGGAGCCAUUUUCAGUGACUCCAACACAUUGAAUUCAGAAUCUUAUCCUGGAGACUCUAAUCAAUAACAUUUUGUAUGCUCCAGCAUCAUAUUCCUGCCACGUAGAUCUAGUAUGUUUUGAAUCAGUUCCCACACAUGUUCUCCAGUUUUCUGUUGGUAUAAAUUGGCCAAACGUCAAUAUUAUUUGGGGGCACAUUGCAGCUUC